AUGAAAGAAAAUUAUUAUCAUAUAUAUAUAUAUGAUACAUUUUAUGAAGUUCUUAUAACAUCUGGCGAAUGUUGUAUUCCAAUUGUAUUUUUUACAAAUGGUGAUAAUAAAUUACAUUUAUCAAAAGUAACAAAACUUUCACAAGUCUUGAUUUCACCAGAACAAAUAGUCAUGUCAUAUCAUCCAUUAAAAGUGUAUAUUAAAUUUCAUAAAAAAAAAUAUAUUAUUUAA